AUCUUGAUAUAUAAAUCCGACGCGGGACCCAUCAAGACUUCGGUGGUUGAACGCUCACGAGACGACGACGCCAAGGGUCCGAUUCGACCAGCAAAUACUACCAUGAGCGCCACUGGUUUGCCGCAAAGGCCUCCAGGUCAAGACAAUGUGAUUGUUCCCAACGGCAACGAAUCUGAGCCCUUGCUGGGCAGACCCGGCGACGCUGCCCAGCCUCGUCGUGGCUCUAUCUUUUGGAAUCUCAUCAUCGGAACCGCUGCCAUCACCCAGUUCGGCGCCAUUCUGCUGUUUAUCAUGAUCUGGGUAGCUGUUUUCACCAAACCCGUGACCUUGUUCUCAGGUCACCCGCUCCUCCAAGCCACAGGCGUGCUGGUCUUGAUUCAGUCGAUCCUAUCCGUCCAGCCGACACACACGGCCGACCAGAAGCGCAUCGGUCAACGCGUUCACGCUUCACUCAACCUUCUCGCCUUGCUGUGCCUGAUUGGAGGCGUCACCAUCAUCGAGUACAACAAGAUCGUCAACCACAAUGAUCAUUUCCACUCCGUGCAUGGCUACCUUGGCGUCAUCACCUCGAUCUCCCUCGCCCUGCAGUACUUGGUUGGCUUCACGAUGUGGGCAGUGCCCUCACUGUACGGAGGUGUGGACAAUGCGAAGUCCCUCUAUAAAUACCAUCGCUGGAGUGGAUACAUUAUCCUCGUCUUGCUCCUCGUGACGGUCAUCACGGCGACUCAAACAGAGUUCAACCUGAAUGUGCUAGGGCUCAAGCUCUGGGCGACAAUACUCCUGUCAAUCCUGAUUCUGACGGGUACCCUGCCUCGGAUCCAAAAGCAGAAGCUUGGAAUUUGAAGAUCGCCUUGCCGCGGCAAGGUCAGGGAAGGAAACUGUGGGCUCAUUGCUUGUUUACUUGAGCGUGUAUAGGCGUUGAGGCUUGCGAUUCAAGCGUUGAACGUUGUCUGUGUCAUCCGCGAUGCGGGAAUCUUUCUUACCUUACUGUUUGGAGUUCUAUGCACACCACACUUUACAGUUAUUAGUCCGGCACACAAUUCAAAGCAGCCUCACU